UACAUUUUGAACUUCAAACAAAAAAUUCGAUAAGUUUGGAAUUCCUCGCUUAAGAUGUCAGAUGGAAUGAAAUCCAAAUUUCUUUAUUGUCUCCGGAUACUAAAAACAGUGUUUCUGACAGAGUGAUAAUCACUAUAACAACAGAAGCUAAAAUGUAAGGAGCCACACCGCUCACUAGUCUAGAAGAAGCUGCUGUCCUUCUCAAUAAAAUAUAAUAGACGUUUAUGUCAACUAAAAGACUGUCUUGGAAGUUUCGGAAGAUAUUUCGAGAAGUUGGAACAAAAGGAGAUGACCAACACACCCAACAAAACCGAAUGUGAUAUUCUUAUAGAAUACAUGAAUUCUAGAAUGACGGACGUUUAUUUUCCAGUACUAGUAUAUCUUGGAAUUACUAUGGUACUUGGAACAACUGGAAAUGUCGUCGUAGCAUAUGUAUAUUUUUAUAAAUUUUCUGAGACAGCGACACAUCUGCUCAUUGUAGCACUUUCUGUGUGUGAUUUUGUAACUUGCGUAGUAUGUAUUCCUCUGGAAUUUGUUAUGCUACAUUUAUCGUUCACCUUCCGCAGCGAUGUUAUGUGCCGCUUCAUAGGUGCUAUUGUGGCUCUAGUAGUGAUCAAUUCAGGUCUGAUUGUAACCAUUAUAGCAGUCGAUAGGUAUAGACUUAUAUGUCAACCUUUAAAACCAAAAUUUACUGUCAAGGAUUCAAAGAAACUUAUAGCAUUAUCAAUAAUCACGUCUUUCAUUUUAUGUUUACCGGCAGCUUUUGUGUACAGCAAACAAAACAGAAUGGUCAAAGAAUGUGGAAAUAUUGGAGAAGUGUGUUCCCUUGUGGCCUAUUUAAAAGGCAAUGCAUAUCCUUUAAUCUAUUAUGUGUUUAUAGCGGUCGUUUGCUCUAGUUUCUUUAUUUUGAUCAUGACUCUAUACGGUUUAAUUGGAAUGCGUAUUAGAAGUCUUUACGUAAGACAGAAAAAGAGAGCAAUUCAAUUACUUGAACAUUCACAAGUUCUUACUACUUCCCUGAAUACAUCGAAUAAUAGUAAACCUUUCGAAAUACCUAAAAUAAAAGUUAAUUCGAGAAAGCAAACAAUACGGCCAACUAGGACCAAUGUAAUUUUGUUCAUCAUCACUAUACUCUGGAUUAUCAGUUAUUUCCCACAUCUCGUUGGAGUAUUCUGGAGGUUGUUUAUUGAAGAUUUCGAUAACGUUGCAAGUUAUAAAGACCAAAGACUUUACCAUUUUUUGACAUUUUCUUAUUAUAUUAACUGUGCUAUUAAUCCAUAUAUUUAUGGACUUUUAAGUGAACAAUUUCGUAUUGAAUUAAGAGAGUCAAUUAGUAAU